GUCAUUACCAUACAUCCUAGUCUCAUCCUUUCAUGCAGCAUAUAACCUGGUUUUUGCAUCACAUCAUUUCAGAUGUACUUUGAUCAGCUACACGAGUAGGCCAAAAGUUACAUAUUAGGUUAGCAGCUUGCCAUUUUCUUGCAUUUGGGAAAAGCCAAACCACCUCUCCACCUACCACUGUCGCAGUACAGCUGAUUGCUCCCUUCCACAGGAGCAUCACCAGCCCUCUGAGACCGGGAAGCACCUUGAGACUUCAGAUCUCCAAAACCAGCAAGCAACGCCAAGGCAUAACACCCACGAGCUCUGAAAGCUGAAGGGGCCUAAAAGUCUAGUUUGGGGCCUCUUUAACAGCCAGGCCCGGGAACAUCAGGAUGAGGGCCAGCCCCGCCGCAAGGUGAGGCAGUGCCGCGCCGAGACCUCACAGCAGAACCGUGAGGAAAGGCAACACAGGAGAAGGAACAGCACCAGCGCGGCACGACGCCUCCUGAAGGAAGGAAGACCCCCGCUCGCUUCCCUCCACGGCCGAGCCGCGGCCGCCCUGACUAACACAAAAUGGCGGCUGGGGGUGCCGCGGCCUCCUCCCGCAUGUCGCGCGCCGGGGCUCGAGGCCGCGGGCGGAGCCUCCGCGGGGCGGGAGCCGGCGCCUGAGGGAAGGGGGGCGCGCGCGGCGCCGGGCCCGUCCCGUCCCGUCCCGUCUUGGCCCGGCAUCAGCGGCGGCUCCGCGGCGGCCCGGUCUGACUCCUCCUCCUCCGCCGCCGCCUCCCGGCGUGGGUAACCAACCAAAGAAGUUAUGAAUAUCAUCUGUGGUCUAAAGUUGCCAGGCAGGAACUGUAUUUUCUUUCAUUUGGCUUCUUUGACAAAGCAUGGGAAUUGCAGUAAUCUCUAUAGGUCUUACGCAGGAUAUUGCCGAACUCAAGUCAGUUGUACACGACAGAGAUGCCAAAGGCUGGAUUUCAGUGGAACUACUAGAAACUGUUUUUUGACUGGAAGCCCUGAGUCGUAUAGAAACUUCAUUGGUAAAGGACAGAGGUGUCUUUUGACUAUCUCCAAUACAGAGGUAUACAAGAAUGUUCUCCACAGUUCGGGAAGGUUUUGCUUCCAGUCUUCUCAGCCGUUGGGGCAGAAGACCACAUCCCUCCAGAUCAGUUCUUUAGGGCAAUUCCCACAUCGUUUUUCUGCUUGGAAUGCUGAGAUCAUCAGGUCUUUUCACACAUCACCAUCACUUCAGGCUGCACCAGUUCCUCUUUUCUGGAUUAUUGUUAAGCCAGCUCAGAAAUUAUUUGCUAUCAUUCUUGGCAGGAGCAUAAGAAAUUGGUGGAAGGCACUUCCUCCUAAUAAACGGGAACUUUUUAAAGAAAGUGCAAGGAGAAAUAAAUGGAAGAUACUCCUGGGUGUUAGUAGCUUAGGAGUUUUAUUUGUCAUGUUUUAUUUUACUCACUUGGAGGAGACACCCAUCACUGGACGCGCUCGACUGUUGGUGUUUGGAAAAGAGCAUUUCAGAGAACUGUCACAGAUAGAAUAUGAUAUGUGGAUGGAAGAAUUCAAAAGUAAAAUGUUACCUGAGACAGAUGCGCGCUAUCAGGUUGUGGAGAGAGUUGUUGGUCAUUUAUCUGAAAGCAAUAAGGACAUCCCACAGGUCUCAGCGCUCAAGUGGGUUAUCCAUGUGGUUGAUGAACCAGGUGUAAAUGCUUUUGUGCUUCCAAAUGGACAAGUGUUUGUUUUCACUGGGUUGCUAAAUGCAGUUUCUGAUAUUCAUCAGCUGUCUUUCAUUUUGGGACAUGAAAUAGCUCACGCUGUGUUGGAACAUGCAGCAGAGAAAGCCAGCCUGGUUCACUUCUUGGAUUUUCUAUCACUCAUCUUUCUCACUAUGAUUUGGGCCAUCUGUCCCCGUGAUAGUUUGGCAGUUGUUGGACAGUGGAUUCAGAGCAAGUUGCAGGAGUUUAUGUUUGAUAGACCAUACAGCAGGACGUUGGAGGCUGAAGCUGAUAAAGUGGGACUUCAGUUUGCAGCAAAGGCUUGCGUGGAUGUACGAGCAAGCAGUGUAUUUUGGCAACAAAUGGAAUUAGCAGAAGCCAUUCAAGGGCAGCCCAAGUUACCAGAGUGGCUCUCCACGCACCCUUCUCAUGAAAACAGAGCUGAGCACUUAGAUCGGCUUAUCCCAGAGGCUCUUAAAAUAAGAGAGAGCUGCAAUUGCCCAUCUCUUUCUGGACCAGAUCCUCGCCUCAUUUUCAAACUUAACAUGCAACAUCUUCUGGAAUCGUCUAAAGAUCAAGAAAACCCAAAUUCUACAAAGCGAGAUCUCUCAAAACCAAAACUGGAUUUUCCUCACACUCAAAAAGUUGAAGAUAUGCCAGUAACUUUUGCAGUCAAACCUACAAACUAACGAUGAUAAUUUUCACUUUUUAUGAAACUUGUGGUCCCUGAAGGUCUGUCUUGUAAUGCAAAUUUGUCUUUGAACCAUAAAGAAGAUGUAUCCACUCGUA